AUGGCCGACGAGAACUUCGAGGAUGAUCUCUUCGCCGACCUCUACGACGAUAAUGAUGCCUCGGCCGCUCCUGCCCCGCCGUCCGCGCCCGUAAAGGAGCAGCAGCCAGCCGCUGUAGACCCGUCGCCCGUCGCAGCCCCAGCCGACGGUCCGUCCGAUGGUCACGCCGCAUCCGCUGGUGACGAGAACGGUUACGGCGGAGACUACCACGAGAACGAGGAGGCCUACGACGAUGACGAUGACGUCGACUUCAACCUGGGCAACGGCUCGGCUCAUGCUGCCGCCCCUGUCCACCAACAGGAGGAGGCCGAAACGCCUAGUUUCCACGCCGCAAGAGGUGGUCCCAGUGCCAAGGAGGAUGGGUUUGCAGACCUAUUUGGGUUAUGGCCAGAACGCCUGAGUCAAGGCAACACGAGACACUGUGGUGCCGCGAGGAUCGUGCUGCUUGGACGUGAUGGUGGCCCAAUGUCUAUGAGUUCUGGGUGA